UCAAGUUCUCUUGGACUACAUUUCCCAAUCAGAACUCCGAAUGCAAGCCAAACUGCCUGGAGAGAAUCCUGUACAAACGCACUUGGGCGAGGGGGCCGUUAGGAGUUGUAGUUUUUUUUGCCUAAAGCAGCCCUCGCCAAUGCCUGGGCGUGGGAGGAUGAGAGACUACAAGUCCCAGGGGGCGCUCGCGGGGCGUUCGCUAGGCGGCCGGUACGAAAGAGGAACCUGCCUGGUGUGUGGUGAGUGGAGGCCCAGGUCUGACGGAGGUGGCUGCUGCAACUACACGAUAAAGGCUCCGGGUAGCCCAGACUCCAGGACUCAUCUAAGGCCUAGCGGGACAGUACCCACCCUGUCUGCCUGACAUUUUGUCAGUGAUGAGGCGACUUCCUCUACCUAGGAAGCUCAGACUACUAUUGUUCCAGAACUGGAGAUGCCCAGCUUACCUGCUAUUUCAAUGCUUCAAUGGCCUCUGCUAAGUAAAAAGUCUUCCUAGAGAUCUCCCUGCCAGCUCCCCAGCAUGGCACUGCAGUGUCUCAUGCUCCUGACUGGCCUUGUGGUGGGAGGCAUGAGCAAAUCCACAGAAAGCAAGGCCCAGCAACCUGAGUGUUGUAUGGAUGUGGUAGACGUCAAUGCUACCUGCCUAGGUACAGGUCUCUGUGGCCCAGGUUGCUACAGGCACUGGAAUGCAGAUGGGAGUGCUAGCUGUGUUCGGUGCUGGAAUGGGACCCUCCCGACAUAUAAUGGCUCUGAGUGCAGAAUUCUCACUGGCCGGGGCAUGCAGUUUCCCAUGAACAGAAGCACAGGGACACCUGGACAGCCACAUUUUGGGGGUCCUCAUGUGGCAGCUUCCCUCUUCCUGGGGACACUCUUCAUCAGCACAGGCCUCAUCCUCUCUGUGGCUGGAUUCUUCUACCUCAAGCGCUCCAGUAAGCUCCCGGAAGUUUUCUACAGGAGAGACAGAGCCCCUGUCCUGCAGCCUGGUGAAACAGCUGCAAUGGUCCCCCUGCCACAGUCUUCAGUGAGAAAGCCAAGAUACAUCAGGCGUGAGCAGCACCCAGACAAGAAUAGGGAUCCUUCUGCCUUCUCCACAGUGGAGGCCCACAUCAGCAACGUCUGACCUAGAGGUCAACUGAGAUGUCACAAUACAGCAGUGGAGGCCUGGGGCUUAAGAUAUGCCAGAAUUGACUCCCAAGGACAGACACGUACAAAUGCUGGGGGAUGCUACCCUCCAUGCCAGGAGAUCUUCACUGUGUGGUUUAACAGGAGUAACAUCUGUGAGACCUGAGGACUCAAGAGCAAGUCAUGUGGGGUCUGUGCCCCUUAGGAGUAACAGCAUCUAUAACAGCUGUAACACAGGCCUGAUUCAAAUGAUCAAAACUUCUGGAGCCCACCCACUGGAGCCCAUAGUAGACAGCAUCUCUCCUUCACCACCCAGCUAAGAAGAGUGAAACCAAGGUUCCAACAGUGGAGAAAACACAGCCUGGAAACUGGUACCAGCCAUAGGUUGCUCUAGUGUCAGCUGCUACUUAACUGCUGGCCUCUCAAGGCACAUAUUUCUCAGAGUUGCAGAAUUGAGUGUCCUGGGUUUUCUGAUUCCAGAAGCCACCAGAACCCUGUCUCCCAAGGUCAGACUUCCAUCCAGCUACCUUUCAGGCUGGGCACUCAAAGUAAAAUGUUUACCCAUGGGGUCUCCAUCUCUGAACACUUCAGAUCACUUGUCCCAUUGGGCUUGUGAGAUCAUGCUGGUCAGCAGUCCUGUCUUUGCUGUUCCAAGACUCCAGAAGCUAUGUCUGUGAUCUGCUAGUAUGGCUGGUGGCAUUGGUCAUGUGCUCCUGUAGAAGACAGUGCAUGCCCCUCCAUGUGGUCCAAAGGUGUCUAGCAUCUUCUUCAGCAUCAGGCACAUCUGAUGUUCCUCACAGUGUUGUGAGUUUGUUUUUCCAGACUUGAACCAGUGGCUCAGGUAGCAGCAGCAAUUUAAAGUUGGACCAAUUAAAUUAGACUAGAUCUUC